CACCGUGGUCUGCGGAGCUGCUGCUUCCCAGGUCUGGGUCGGCUGAGUCACGGCCCGGCCCGGCCCGGCCUAGCGAGGACGUGUGCCCGCCGCCCCGAAGCAGCUGCCACCCGGGCCCUUGGGACCUCUGCACUUGACUUUUCCGGCCGGGCACAAAACCUUCGGCCGUUGCCGUAGCGACUGGCAGUCUAGCGAAUACCCCCUUCACUUUUUAUCGCCCUCCUUUCUCAGUUCAUUGUUUGGUUAUUUUAGGGUCAGUCCGAUGACCCUAUAGGUCGGGCUUGGAGGGCGCCGGCUCUCUGGCAGCAGGCUGCCCUCGUCUGGGCGCUGGGCAGCCGGCUGCCUCCGAGGUUGGGGCGGCCUCCGUGGUCUCCAUGGUAACGGCCCGGCCGGCGUCUCUGCCUCAAGGGGGAAGAUGCGGCCUGCAGGUUCCGCCGCCUCGCCCCCGGCCUCACGGGCGGGCCGGGGCCAGUGAGAAGGAAGGUCCCGGCCGCCGGACGGCGGGGCAUUGGUCACCAGUGAAAUCCCGUUCUCUGGCUGGAGACACAGAUGGCCUCAAAUGAGAGAGAUGCUAUAUCGUGGUACCAAAAGAAGAUUGGAGCAUAUGAUCAGCAGAUAUGGGAAAAGUCAAUCGAACAGACUCAGAUUAAGGGCUUCAAAAACAAACCAAAAAAGAUGGGUCACAUAAAGGCAGACUUGAUUGAUGUUGAUUUAAUCAGAGGCUCAACAUUUGCCAAAGCCAAACCUGAAAUUCCAUGGACAUCUCUGACUCGGAAGGGGCUUGUUCGAGUUGUAUUUUUUCCACUCUUCAGCAAUUGGUGGAUUCAAGUUACCUCUUUAAGAAUCUUUGUUUGGCUGCUACUGCUUUACCUCAUGCAAGUGAUAGCACUCGUGUUAUAUUUUAUGAUGCCUAUCGUGAAUGUAAGUGAAGUCCUCGGACCCUUGUGCCUUAUGUUACUCAUGGGAACUGUCCACUGUCAAAUUGUGUCUACUCAGAUAACAAGGCCAUCAGGGAACAACGGAAAUCGGAGAAGAAGAAAAUUACGAAAAACUGUGAAUGGUGAUGGGAGCCGAGAAAAUGGAAAUAACUCCUCUGAUAAAGCCAGAGGAGUGGAAACUUUGGAAUCUGCACCCCUUAAUGGUAGUUUUUGGAGGACUCUCUUUGGCAACAGGAUGAAAAGAGUUAAAUUAAUAUGUAACAGAGGGACGGAAACUGACUAUGAUUCAGGUUGUCUGCAUCCUAUCAUCAAGAAGAGACAGUGUCGACCAGAGAUCAGAAUGUGGCAAACAAGAGAGAAAGCAAAAUUUUCCGAUGGAGAAAAGGGCCGUAGGGAGUCUUUUAGGCGUUUGGGUAAUGGGAUUUCAGAUGAUCUGUCAAGUGAGGAUGACGGCGAAGCCCAGACACAGAUGAUGAUACUGCGGAGGAGUGUGGAAGGGGCCUCAAGUGACAACGGUUGUGAAAUUAAGAGUAGAAAAUCAAUACUUUCAAGACACUUAAACACUCAGGUAAAAAAGACCACUUCCAAGUGGUGCCCUGUUGUGCGGGAUUCAGAUAGUCUGGCUGAAUCGGAGUUUGAAUCAGCAGCCUUCAGUCAGGGCUCUAGGUCUGGCACGAGUGGUGGCUCUCGAAGCCUCAACAUGUUGAGAAGAGACUCGGAGAGCACCCGCCACGACUCGGAGACAGAGGACAUGUUAUGGGAUGACCUGCUGCAUGGCCCUGAGUGCCGGUCGUCUGUCACCAGCGACAGUGAGGGGGCACGUGUGAACUCCCAUCACUCAGGGGCCAAACGGGAUCCCAAAGAGGAUGUUUUCCAGCAGAACCAUUUAUUCUGGCUUCAGAACUCAAGUCCUGCCUCUGAUCGAGUUAGUGCAAUAAUCUGGGAAGGGAAUGAGUGCAAAAAGAUGGAUAUGUCUGUGUUGGAAAUAAGUGGCAUCAUCAUGAGCAGGGUUAAUGCAUAUCAGCAAGGAGUAGGCUAUCAGAUGCUGGGAAAUGUCGUCACCAUUGGAUUAGCAUUUUUCCCUUUUUUACACCGGCUGUUCCGUGAGAAGAGCCUUGACCAGCUAAAGUCCAUCUCAGCUGAGGAGAUCUUGACUCUCUUUUGUGGGGCACCACCUGUUACACCUAUUAUUAUUUUGUCUAUAAUUAACUUUUUUGAGCGACUGUGUCUUACCUGGAUGUUUUUUUUCAUGAUGUGUGUGGCAGAGAGAACAUAUAAACAGAGAUUUUUAUUUGCAAAACUCUUCAGCCAUAUUACUUCUGCCAGGAAAGCUAGGAAAUAUGAAAUACCUCAUUUCAGACUUAAAAAGGUGGAGAACAUUAAGAUAUGGUUAUCACUGCGUUCCUUUCUAAAGAGACGGGGCCCACAGCGAUCAGUAGAUGUGGUUGUGUCUUCCGUCUUCCUACUGACACUUUCCAUUGCUUUCAUUUGUUGUGCCCAGGUACUGCGUGGACAUAAAACUUUCCUAAAUGAUGCUUAUAAUUGGGAGUUUUUGAUUUGGGAAUCAGCUUUACUACUUUUCUUACUGCGCUUAGCCUCAUUGGGGUCUGAAACCAAUAAGAAAUACAGCAAUGUCUCAAUAUUACUUACUGAACAGAUUAAUUUAUAUCUUAAAAUGGAAAAAAAGCCGAAUAAGAAAGAACAGCUUACCCUAGUAAACAAUGUGUUAAAGCUGUCCACCAAGUUGUUAAAAGAGCUGGACACACCAUUUAGACUCUAUGGACUGACAAUGAAUCCCUUAAUCUACAAUAUCACACGAGUAGUUAUCCUUUCUGCAGUCUCAGGUGUUAUAAGUGAUCUUCUAGGAUUUAACAUAAGACUGUGGAAAAUUAAGUCAUAAGCUGAGUCAUGUGCCUGGACUCUCUCCCCUUGCUGGCAUCAGUGCUUACCCCAUUAAGGAAAGAGAUGACUGCAAACCCAUGAGACACCCACCUGCUUGUUCAUACGCAGAGGUGCCUUCAGCUCUCCUAAUCUAAUGAAUCGUGUUUUCAGAGGAACAGAGCCUUUUCCAACUGGGCGUGCAUGCUAAAAACCUGUAUUUUCAUGGUUUUCAAAUAGUAUGAAUGGUCAGGAGACUGAAGACUGUUGUGUUAUAGUAACUUAAGGACAACUUUUUAAGUUAGGAAAUUUAUUCUGGGCAUUUCAAUGCUGCGACAGUUAUAUUUAUUGGAAAUAGUCUUUUGGGUAACUAUGGUAGAUGCCCAAAGCAUGAAGCAAAAUCCUUUAUUGGAAAUAUGCAAAUUCAGUACUUUUCUAUUACAGUCUAUAGAAUUGGAUAUUUCAUUUCUCUGGCAAAGAGAGAUCAAGUUUAAAUUUAAACUAUUUUAGGUUGAACCUGAAUAAAAGAACUUUAUUGGAGAAUUUCAGUUUCUAGGCUUUUUUUGUUGUUGAAAGAAAAAAUAACCUUUAAACUGUGGUUUUCUGUGAAACUAUGGAGAAAUUUUCAAUUAGUUUAUAAUUUUGAAGUUAAUCCUAAUAGCUGUUUAGUUCUUGGUGAAACAGAGUCAUGCAUAUAAUAUAGCAUGUAAUUCAGCAUAAGACAUUUUUCUAUUCACACCUGUCCGUGUUCACCAGACAAUGUCUUCCAUUUUGAAUGGUUUGAGCCAUGUUUCCCAUCACAGUCCUAAGUGAAGUGUUCAGUUUGUUGUGCAACUCAAUGAAUGUAUUUAACCCUCAGUACAGUCUCAGGUCUUCAGUGUCUAUACUGAGCCAAGCUGUGCCAUUGAUGAUUUGGGUUCUCUUAUCAGCAUCCCCUGUCACACUUACAUACAUACACAUAUGUUAAUGAAAACUAAUAAUCUCCAUGUAAUUCCUGCUCAUUAAGUUACCCACUUUGAAGAAUCUCUUGAGGCAAAUAGAAAGCCCACAGAUCUUAAUGAUAAGAUUUUGUGAGUAUUUGAAUGGGAAUAAUUAAGAAACUUUAUUAUUACAUGUGAAGUAUGUACAUGCAAAGUCAGUGUAUCAUAUAUACAUAUCCUCAUAUGGCAGGAAGAUUUUUGAGGUUUAAAGAUGAAUUUCUCGAGUCCAGGGAUUGAGUUCAGACCUUUCUGGAUUUAUAUCCUUGGCUCUGCUACUCAUUAGCUUCAUAGUCCAAGGCAAGUUACUUAACAUUUUUGCACCUCAAUUUCCUUACCUGUGUAGUGGGGAUAAUAACUACCCAAAAGGGUUGUUAAGGUCAAAUGAGGUUAUCAUGUAAGGUACUUAGCAUAAAAUACUUAGCCCUUGGUAAAUCCACAAUAAACAUUUGUAAUUACUAUUUAAAACCCUUUAAAAAUAUUUUGCUGACAGAUUUCCUAACUGUGAAGAUAGAAACAUAGAGGGCAAGAUAACUGAACUAGAAGUGGAUUACCAAAAGUUUGCAGCCAUUCUAAAUACUGCGUGAGAGUUACAAUUUUUUUUUUUUUUAAAGUAAAACCCGUUUAUAGUGAUUUACCUUUGGAAGGAACUAAUCUGUAAAGGCACUUCAGUGUCUUGACAGGUGACUUAUAGAAGUCAUAAGGAACAAGAACAAUCAUCUCGAAGCCAGGAUUGAGCAGGCUCUGUGCAGAUUUCAGGUGAAGAAAGUGGAUGACUUUCUUUUUUCUCCUACAAAAACACUUCUAAUUUUAUUUGAAUUUUUUACACAUUGAAUUCUUUAGCUUAAAUGCAGUAUUUAGAAUUGUUUACUCCUGUGAGUUGUUUCAGUUAUGGUUUUGAUGGUUUAUAAUUGGUUUAAGUGAUUUUUCAGGUGGGUAAAUUUUUCUGUAUGUGUACUUGCUCAUGUCAGAAACUUGAAAAUCAUUUUUUUAUCUGCACGGGGUCUUCACUGUGGUGUGCAGGCUCUUCAUUGCCCUACUUCAGCUUCCUCUAGUUUGCGGUGUGUGGUUUUCUCUGGUUGCAGCUGGCAGGCUGUCUAGUUCUGGCAUGCGGUCUCUAGAGCACAUGGGCUCAGUAGUUCCAGUCCAAGGGCUUAGUUGCCCCAUGGCAUUUGGGAUCUUAGUUCCCUGACCAGGGAUCAAAACCACAUCCCGUACAUUGGAAGGUGGAGUCUUAACCACUGGACCACCAGGGAAGUCCUAGGAACCUUUUUUUGUUUUUGACUCUUGCCUCUCUCAUACCUCACAUCCAGUCACCAAGUCUUUGAAUAAUUAUCUUUUAGAUGUUUUUCUAAUCAGUCCAUUCUUUUCCAUCCCUGUUUUUACCACCCUCAUCUAAGUUAAUAGCUUCUGUUUUUGAACAGGAUUCUGCUUUUCUGCUCUUAAAUAUACAUGGCAUUCCUCUUUCCCAUACCCACCUAUUCAUCUCAAAAACUAAUGCGUGUUUUUUGAAAUGCAGGUCUCAUCAUUUAGAAUCUGCUAAUGGCUUAGUAUUUCUUUGAAGGUAAAAAUCUGAAAUCUUUUUAGCAAGGUAUAUAGGCCUUCCUUGUUGAGAAAUAUUUUCGAAUCUUUAUGUUUGAAAGAUUUUUGCUGGGCAUAAAAUUCCAGUUUUAGAAAUGUUGUUCCUUUACUGCCUCCUGAGUUGCAUUGCUUCUGACAAGAAGUCUGUUGUCAUUCUCAUCUUUGUUGUUCUGUGUAUAACAUCUCUCUCUUUUUUAAACUCUGGCUACUUUUAAGGUUUUUAUCUUUUUCAUUGAAUUUGUGCUGUUAUAAUGUGUAUUGCUGUAGUUUUUUUGUGUGUGUGUGUGUGCGCUUGGGAUUUGUUGCACUUAUUGAGUCUCUUGAUUUAUAGUUUUCAUAAAAUUUGGGAAAAUUUUAGUUUUUUUUUAAUUUAUUUUUUAAUUGGUGGAAAAUUGCUUUACAAUUUUGUGUUGGUUUCUGCUGUAUAACAACAUGAAUCAGUCAUAUAUGUAUAUCCCUUCCCUCCUGAGACUCCCUUCCCUCCCCCCACCCCUC